UUUGUUAUCUGUUUUGUUGUUCGUGACCGGUUGUUUGAUUUAAAUCUAUUCCAAUAGAAAAUUAACGAUAAACUAGUAGUUUUAGUUAAUUGUAAUAAGUUUCUACAGUGUCUAGUGUUAUCUUCAAAAAUGGACCAGUAUCCAACGGAAGAGGAAGAAUAUGAGUUGAUGUACGGAGAUGAGCUCGAUGCUAUGGAUGAUAUGGGCUUCGAAAUGACCGAAGCCACUCCAGCUGCAUCUCAAGCGAAGGAAAAUAAUACGGAUCCUCCACGUGCAUCAACUUCCUUCUCCCAGUACAGCCGUGGCCAACUGGAUAGCCCCCAUCUUUCACAAAUUAAUGAGGAUAGUCCCUUAAGAAGUCCCGCGUUCUCACAAAUUGCUUCUACUCCAUUUCCUAGCCUAGCAACCGCAGCAGUUGAUCCAUUGGUUGAAAUUCAAAAUCUAGGCCUGAAUCCACGGAAAAGACGUUUAGAUGCACUCUUUGGAGACAUUCAAGAUAUUGAGGAUGAAGGAAAUGAGCUCAUUUACUGCCAGCCGGCUCUUACAAAGAAAACGAAAACAGACGAAGAAAAAGAUUUGGAGCUGAUUGAAAAAAUUCUCGAUGCUAGGAAACGAUUUCAGGCAGUUGUUAAUCCGAUAAAAUCCACUGGUCUGGACCGUGCGGAAGCCCUUCACCGAUUUAAGAUGCAGAAUCUGUCGUAUUCAUAUCCCAAGUGGCCUUUCGCGACUGUUGUGCGUGGUGACAAAGAGCGAGUUUACGUUCGAUUUCAUUCUGAAGAGUACGAGUCGAAAGAGAUCGCCGAGAUAAACUGCUUCAAGGAUGGUUACAACGGAUUACUGGGUGAUGCCAAGGAAAGGAUUUGGAAUGAAGCAAACGAAAUUAUUUCCAAGCGUCUCGAUGCCCCGGUUCGUGCGAUUGAAGCCGAUCCCGAUGUGCGAGUAGUAGUUCCCGAUCAGGGCACCGACCUAUGGGUAGAGAAAUAUCGUCCCAAUCGCUACGUAGAUCUGCUCUCCGACGAAACCACCAACCGUAGUUUGCUUCAGUGGCUGAAACUGUGGGAUAAAGUGGUCUUUGGUCGCGAACCGAAACAGAAAACGGACUCAAAACAGUUGAACAGUUUCAAUAAGAAAACCGGUCGGUUCGAAUCGAAUGGAGGCUGGAAACGGAAGAAUCGAUCAGCAUUGAACACCGAUUUAGACGAGCACGGUCGUCCGAUGCAGAAGGUGGCUUUGCUCUGCGGUCCUCCCGGUUUAGGUAAAACUACUUUGGCGCAUACCAUCGCACGUCAUGCUGGUUAUGUGGUGCGAGAGGUUAACGCGUCUGAUGAUCGAAGUCCGGAGGCGUUUCGACUUGCACUGGAAAGUGGAACUCAGAUGAAGUCAGUGCUAAACAAGGAUAAGCGGCCAAACUGCAUUGUGCUGGAUGAGAUUGACGGUGCGCCGAUAGCGACCAUAGAUUUUCUACUACGGUUUGUCUCCGGUACAGUGGCCAAGAAAGGGAAGUCAGAUAAAACCGACAAGUUUAUAUUGAAGAGGCCAAUAAUUUGCAUUUGUAACGAUAUGUAUGUGCCUGCCCUUAGACAAUUGAGACAGAUGGCUUUUGUUGUUAACUUUCCCCCGACGGAAUCGGCGAGAUUGGCAGAAAGGUUGCUUUUGAUUGCCAAGCAAGAGAAAAUUCAAACUGAUUUAACUUCAAUGCUGGCACUGGCAGAUAAAACUGGUAAUGAUGUCAGAUCCUGCCUAUCCAUGUUACAGUUCCACAGUUCACUGAAGAAACCAUUGCGACUAACCGAUGUUCUAAAGUGCAAUGUAGGCCAGAAAGAUCGGCAUAAGGGACUGUUCGGAAUAUGGUCGGCCAUCUUUCAGAUCCAGCGACCGAGAAAAACGCUUAUAGAAGAUCAAAACUCCAAUGCAGAAGCCAUCGUCUCCCUAACGGAUAUGUCCCCCGCAACCCGGAUGCUGAACAUUCUGGACGCGAUUCACAUGGGCCAUGACUACGACCGGUUGAUGCAAGGGGUGUUCGAAAAUUAUCUGCACCAGAAAAUGCCCGAUCCAAACAUGGUCGGUGUGGCCGAUGCAGGUGAUUGGUUCUGUUUCAACGAUCGUAUCCAGCAGCAGAUCAACCAUCUGCAAAUUUAUUCCAUCUAUCCGUAUUUGGCGUACGGGUUCGUCGUGUGGCACUAUCUGUUUGCCGGUCUGGCCUGGCCAAAAAUCAAUUUCCCUACCAAGGGAUUCGAGACUUCUCAGAAGCUGGCUACUUGUAAGCUUAUACUCACCGGGCUGCGGAAGGGCCUUUCAGCGCAGCUAAAAGGUAUUGGUGAGGGACCCACGGUUCUGCUGGACACUGUGCCGCUUUUGAAGCGCGUAAUUAAUCCCGCGCUACGAUCAGUAUCGCUACAGUUAUUGACGCCCAAGGAAAAAUCAGACCUGACACAUACCGUUGAAGUGAUGGCUGACUUCGGUUUGAACUAUAUCCAGUUAAAAUCAGCCGACGGAGCCUAUCAAUAUCAGAUGAAUCCAGAUAUUGAUCAGCUAGGUCAGUUUCAGGGUGCUUCGAUUCAAAAUCUAAGUUAUUUUGGAAAACAAAUUGUCGCGAGAGAAGUGGAAUUGGAACAGAUGCGACGAGCUCAACCGAAAGCGGCCAUCGCGAGAGCUCCCAGUGCUAAACUUACCGAGAUCAGCGAACGAGCCAGUGGGUCUCGGAGCAAAACUAAACAGGGGUCGAAAAAAAAUGAAACGCCAUCGUCGGAGCUACCGAAUCAUCUGCAAACCCUCAAACCGAAACCCGUCAUCCAGAAAGUGAAGCAGGUGGUCUGCAAGGAUUUCUUUGGAAGAAUUACAACAAGGGAAACAACUAUAUCUGUUCAAGAAGGUGGAACGGACACAAUUGUUAAAAGCCCUAUCUGGUAUCGCUACAAGGAAGGCUACAACAACGCUGUGCGGAAGGAUGUAACUUUACAGGAUUUGAUGUAACUGUGUUUGUCAGUUUCUUCAUACAUACUCUGAAAUAUUAUUAGCAAUAAAUAUUUAUCUGGUGGCAACAUGUGGUGAAUACUUUUCAAUAGAAGCAAUCCAUCGGGUUAGAAAUUCGAUAUAUUACGCUCAUAAAGUAUACCGGAAGAAACAGAUAAAUUAUCUACAAAUUCACUUCACCAAGUAAUAGUUGGUAAGCACGAAUAAAAUAAUAAUUUGUUGCUAAUCUAAUACUAGCUACAUUGCCACACAUAAUCAAGUUCAAAAGCUAAGUUUCCAGACAAUCUUCCAACACCACCCGGUACGGUUACUCUUUAAAUUUUCCCGCACUACCCUAAUCAAGGGAAACUUAUCCGAUAACUGCCAAUCUGUUGGGCCACUAGUGCACCUACCCACAUCAAAGCAUCAAAGUUUCCAGCCGAAAACCAUCCACUUUUACAGGCUUUUUACGUCGCAUCGAAACCACUGUUUCUCUCGCUCCUUUUCGGGCGCUCCAGCUAUAGAAAGUGUUCUCUCGCCGAGCUACAACCAACGGCCUCCCAUUUAAUCCGCUUAAUUUUAUUUAACCCAAUUUAUUUAAGCAAUUACCUAAACUUUUGCUCAUCUUAUUAAAAUUUAAUCGAAUGUGAUCAACGAAAACAGUAAAGGAUGCCGAAAGAUCCUGAAUGGAAAGCUUUCUCCGAGGAAAGGUAAUUCAGCGGCAUAUUCUGGUAGAGCUCUGCUACGGCAGCAGGUUUUUGCUACUGGAGAACUUUGUUCUGUACUGAAGUAGAUGGGAAAUACGGCGAGUAGCGGUAGCAGUAGCAUGAAGGAACAUUUCGUCAGAGAUAAAAGUGAAUCGUUACAAGAUUGCCGGAAGUGCUGUCGUGUGGUGUAUGUGUGUCGGGGGACUAAAUUGAGUAAAAAUUAAAACAAAUUUUCCACCGGAAUGGCACUUGGCGAUGUUGAAACUAACCGAGGCUGUGGGAUAUGCACAGGUGUCAAUGUGUAAAAGUUGAGGCGGUAAAAAAGUUGUUCUAUUCUUUUUACGGCAUUGUGUAAAUGGGCGUUGACUCAGUUGACUGGCGUUAGCGUGUAAUUGAGCUGUUUCUAUACGUGGUAAUGUUAACACGUUUUAUGACUGUUGUGCGGUAGUAAUAUAUGCAAU